AUGCAACACUCUACCACGAUCGCCCUCGCCCUCGGCACAAAGGCAGCCGCGGUCACACCUGCUCAGGUCCACGGCCCCACCCCCCACUACGUCGAGUUCGAAGUCUAUAAUAGCGACAGCUGUACGGGCUCGAGCGCCUACCACAUGUUCAACAGUGACACGUCAGCAUUGGGCGCAUGCUUCAAGCUGAUGGAGGUGUUCUAUUCCGUCAGGAUCCUUGAGAUCUACGGAUCAUGCGUCAGGGAGUGUUGCAACUGA